CGUGUGUUUUUUCUUUUUGGGUGGCUUAUUUUCGGUAUGCCAUUUUUACCGUCAAAACCGGCAAACGAAGCACGUUCGGCCCGCAGUCUGCUCAGUGCUCAUUUCCCAGUUCACCUAUUAUAGAGGACGAUCUCACUCUCACUUCGUGUGCCAUUAGCCAUGGCGAAGCCAAGCCGAGACCGUCAGUCUCCGUCGUCUCGCUCCCUGGUCGAGAGGGGCUCGUCCUCCGGUUCCCGGGUCAAGACGGGCUCCUCGUCUCGCUCCCUUCACAACACGGGCUCCUCCUCCUCUCUCUCGAAGGUCUACACGGGCUCAGACUCCCGUUCCAGCUCUAGUCUCGUUCCCAGUAUUUACUCCCCUCUACAAAAAGAAAAAAUGAAAAGGAAAGAAGAAAGGGAAUCCUCUCCAAAUUCAUUUGUUCUUCGCAUUAACAACCUCGACAGCACUGUGGAUGAAGGCCAGUUAAAAAAAAUAUUCAGUGUUUUUGGUAAAGUUGUUAAUGUGGAGCUCCCAAUGGAUCACUCUAACAAUCUUCCAAAAGGAUAUGGAUAUGUGGAGUUCAAGGCAGAAGAAGAUGCUAAAAUGGCAAAAUUAUACUUGCAUGGUAACAAAAUUAAUGAGAAUGCUAUUAAAGUAAAAUUCUCAUUUGUGUCGCUACCCUUAAAAGCCAUUACCACUUUGUCGAAAAUAGACGCUCCCAAAACUAACAUUUCUGAUGGUGAGAAGGAUAGACUCAAGCGGCAGAGGGAAGCUUCUCCCUGUCGGAAGCCUCUUGCCUCACCAAGAAGGGGAUCCCCUGUACAAAGGGAUGGUUCUCCUAGACGACCGCCAGAUUCUCCUCUACGUCGUCGUGCAGAUUCUCCAGUGCAUCGUCGAGUAAAAUCUCCUUAUCAAUGUGAUGAUACACAUCCGAGGAGGAGGUCCACAUCUUCAGGCAGAGGUCCAUCUCCACUGAUGCGCAACAGAUCCCCUUCAAGCCCUCUUUUACACUAAAUUUCUCAAACAGGUUGAUGACAUGUUAAAAUUCGCCCAUGCAGCCUCCGUUCCUGAUUCCAUAAAGGCUGAAUUGUUGCUAAGAAUUUGAACGUGUGUCAGGAGCAGCUCUUUGACACAGUAGCCUUUGUUCAGGAGAGGAGACAGAUAUUAUAGGUUCCUUGGGGUGGAGGCAACCGUACUUUACUGUAACAACCAGCGGAAUGCUUGAGAAAGUUUCAUCCUUUUAUUGCUAUAAUGAUGAGAACUGAUAGAAACCAGUUCCUUACGCAUAUAGUAAUUAUUACUUGCAAAUAUUUUCAUUGGUAACGUCUUAGAUUUUUGCUCUCU